AUGGCUGGCCACAUCAUUUUACCUCAUAAAAAUCUUAAUAGAGAUUAAGAGAAAAGAUUUGUGUUAAUGUGUAAACCAAAUGAGAGGAAAAGGAAAAUCAUUUAAGUUUAGGAAUCAUAGUAAGAAUAUAAAAUAAGAAGAAUAAUCUCAUUCCACUUAGCUAAGGAGAUGCCACUGAAGGACCUAGAAGUAAACUUUAAUUUGUUAAUAACGAAUUGGGGUGGUGAUAAGGCAAUGGGAUUAUUUCGAAUCGAUAGAUAACGUAGAUGGAGUAAACAAUUUGGAUAGCUUUUGCAAAAUGGAAAAUUAAAAGACUUAUAGAGGAGAUAGUUCAUUUAAGGAGUUACUUAUGUCAAUAAACUUUGGGUCGUAAAAGAUCUUGUUAUUUGA